AUGUCUUUGCGUAAAAAGCUUUGUACUUCGUUGAAUAAUAUUGAUUUGAAAAAAUUCAAUGAACAACAAUCACAGGAUGAAACUUCAAACAACAUUGAUUUAAGUUCAAAAUAUUUCUUUGUCACCGUCGCAGAAAAAUAUAUACAACUACAAAUUGAGCUAAUUCGUGAAAUCAAUCUAGUAUCCUUUACAUCGCCGGUCGAUGCUGUUUAUAAUCCUAUUGAAUAUGCAUUUGAUGUAUUUAAAACAUUCGUACACCGCUAUUUAAAUGGGCACAAAAAGAUUUUAUUUUUAGGAUUGAAUCCUGGACCUUUCGGAAUGGGACAAACCGGGGUUCCUUUUGGAUCCAUAACAGAAGUGAGAGACUGGCUACAAAUUACUGGCAAAGUAAAUAAGCCCAUAAAUGAAAUUCCUGCUAGACCUGUUCUUGGUUUUGAUUGCCAGAGAACUGAAAUUAGUGGAAAACGUUUUUGGGGAGUUGUACGGGAAAUUUGUAAAAUUCCUGAAAACUUUUUUAAACAUUCUUUUGUACAUAAUUUAUGCCCACUAUUGUUUUUGAAUAAUCAAGGAAGAAAUAUUACUCCAUCCGAACUUAAGGGUGAUAUCAAACAAAAUCUGAUGAAACUAUGUGAACAAUCUCUGUUAAAAGUUAUUCAAUGCAUUGGUGUUGACACAAUAGUUUGUAUUGGCAGAAUUGCACAAACACAAACACUGAAGGCACUAAAAUCAACUGGAAUUAACUGUAAGGUGGAGUUUCUACCACAUCCCAGCCCAAGAACUGUAGGAAAUACAAACUGGAAUCCAGUUGCUAUAAAACAAUUACAAGAUCUGAAUUUAAUGCAGUAUCUAUUACCACAAGUUAAUGAAUGAAAUAUCCAAUAAUAUACAUUUAUA